CGGGGCAGGGCGGCGGCGAUGGGUCUGACCGGCAGCGCAGGUAGUUCUAGCUGAUGCCCAGGGUUCCUUGUAAUGAUGCCAUCACGUACGAAUCUGACUGCUGGGAUUCCCAGUAGCAAAGUCAAAUAUUCCAAGCUCUCCAGCACUGAUGAUGGAUAUAUUGACCUGCAGUUUAAGAAGAGCCCACCAAAAAUCCCCUACAAGGCAAUUGCACUGGCUAUUGUGCUCUUCAUGAUCGGGACCUUCCUCAUUAUCAUAGGUGCCCUCCUCUUGGCAGGAUACAUUAGCAAAGGCGGCACGGACCGUGCUAUCCCCGUGCUCAUCAUCGGGAUCCUUGUGUUUCUCCCAGGCUUCUACCACCUGCGCAUCGCAUACUACGCUUCCAAAGGCUAUCGGGGCUAUUCCUAUGACGAUAUCCCGGAUUUUGAUGAUUGAACAAUGUAUUUAAUUGCAUUCUAAUUAGGUUGGUGGUAAGCACUGUUAGUUAUGCUGGAUAUCUGAGGGGACCUGUAAGAUUCUAGAUGAAGUAUAGCAGUCACAAGAUUCCAGUUCCUGGUUUUGAGGGGAUGGAGGUUUUUCAUUUGUGGGAUGGGGGCUUGAAGACACAACUGACCAAAAGGAUUGCAACAUUAGGUGGGAAGAACAUGUGAUUUAUUGUAUUUUUCCUCUUUUCGGUCACAUAAUGCUGGUUGCUUGUAGGAAGUUCUUCUUGGGCAAGGCAAUUCUAACGAUUUUCCAAAAAUAGGUGAGCCAGUUUCAGCAGUAAAGAUAUUUGUUUUUUCUAACUGUUUUAUAGUGUUUAUUUUCGGUUUCAGUGAGAUUGUGGUUAUCACUGGGUUUACUUUUGCAGACAAACGCUAUAGUUAAACUCUCCUUUUCUUCUCUGUCCAUCAGAAAUGCUUCCAAUCUACUUGUCCUGUGCUUGUCUGGAGUAAUGCGAGUCAGAUACGUACAAUAGGGGGAAAACUCUGCUUCCAUGAAAUAACUUACACGUAGUGCAUUUGCUGUACAGCUCUUGUCAGACUACCAGGUUUAUUUACUCAGCAAACGCUUCAGAAGCAAGUUAUUUCCCAUGCCACUGUUACUUUUGGCAAAAUCUGCUUAUCCUUGAAAAGGACUGUUGUUGGAUUUUGCUUAUUAUUUUAAACCAAAUGGACAGAGGGAGAAGAAUUGGAAUCUGGAUCAGCAGUCAAGUGUCUAAAUACCAAAAAAUCUUGAGUUUGAUUAGUGUGGAUAUUGGAGACACCUGAAUUCCAUCUGUCUAUUUGGAAUCAUUUUGUCCUUGUCUAGAUAAUACGCUGUGCAUAACUCCCUAGACCAGUAAAAUGGAAAUCUCUGUAUAGUUUGUACUGAAUAAAUCCCAUGUGUAUUGUUUUGCUAGCUUCAGUGAUAUGUUCUUGAGAGAAAACAGAUUGGUAGCUCUGUUUUAUGUAAAGUAAAAACCGUCUGUCUCCUGAAGUGGGAAUGAACUCGGUGUCCUGGGGAACAAGUAUGUGACAAGUAGUGAUGCAAGGAGAUGUAUUUAAUAUGAAUAAACUGCACUGCAUUCUGUGUACAAAUCA